UUUUUUUUGGAAACUUGGACCCCAUUCGUAUUAAUGACAGUAGGGCCGCUUAUUCUCUAGGCAUUUGCUAUUUUAUACAACAACAUGGCGGAGUUUAAGAACUUUGACAGCUCUGUCCUUGAGGGGCACAUAAAAUUCAGAGAAAAGAAAACAUGGAAGCGGCGAUGGUGUGUCGUCCGAAGACUCUCUCCUGUGGCAAACUCACUGAUAAUGCAGUUCUACAAAAAGUCAUUGAGCAAGGGCAAAGGAUCACAGUCUAAAUCCUCACUAAAUUUGGAACAUCUCCUGGGCUUUGAAAGCUGCUUCCUUCUGCAAAAAGAGUCGCAAACUUUGGCCAUUGUGUGCCGAAAUUUUGUCAGUGUUUUCGCCUUUGAAAGUCGAGAAAUGCUCCUAGAGUGGCAAGCACAAAUAGCAGAAAUACUUGGCCAUAGUGAAAGAUUUGAAGUCCAACUUCUAAGUGUCCCAGGCAAGUUGGAAAUCACUAGCAGCUCUGCUGUACUACAUAUCAGAGAUUGGCAGUUUGCAUUAACCCAGGGAAUACCCCCACGACUGAUAGGCUACUGGAACAUGGCCGAUUUAAGACGUUUUGGAGCGGUGGAUGACCGGAGAUUCUGCUUCGAGGGUGGUUCUCGUUGUUCGUCUAGAGGAUUCGAGGGGAUAUUCGUUCUGGGCUCCAAUCAAAGUCAUGAAAUAGCAAAUAAAUUUGAAUUCUCUGUUCGCGGCCGCCUUUCCGAAUCCCAGCGUACUCGCAUUCACCCAUCGUCCACUUUAAAUGGCUUGCUAACUCCAAUGAUGCGACAUCGACUGAGCGUCAACUCUCGCUGUCCAUCACAGACAAUGAGCAAACCCAACACACCGAUACUGGGCAGCCAAAGACGGGCGCAAGAGUUUUGUUUGAGCCCUCCCUGUGCACGGCACACACGUUCCUAUUCGCAACAACACAGUCGUACCAGCAGUAUAUCAAGUGGAACAAGACUCAGCUCAGCUUUGCAACGUUCCGAUCCUGAGCUGCUCUACGACAAACCGCGAUCACUAAACGCCACAAUGUCACAAGCCGUCUACGAAGUCUGCGGCGGUGGAAACAGCGAAUCUCGACCCAGCUCCACCUUGCCGACAAGUCAUUACGAUACACCUCGAAGAAUAUUACAAAACCUCGGCCAACCACCCUCGGAUGCAACUACCCAAUUGAUUUCUCAACCAAACGGAAACACCUUGGAAGUACCGGGUGGAAUCAGCUCGCUCUACGCCACCGUCACCAAGUCGAAGAAAGCUAAGAAACCCGUGGAUCCAAGUGUCAGCGAUGGAGAAGUGAUGAAAGCGUCAGUGCCGGUAGAAGUUCAAGGAUAUUUGGUUAUGCAACGCGGACAAAAUCAGUGGAAUCAACAGGAGGAAUACGUACAGAUGCAGUCACUUCCCUGCAGUCCUGCUACGCUACUUCAACGACAACGCUGUUUAGCUCCAGCCGGGCAAUGCAGUGGGCCGUGUUGUAAAAGUAACAGCAGAGACAAGGAGCUGUGGUCCAAUCAGGUCUACCAAAACUCGUUGUGGCUGCAGUUACAGGCCGAAGGGGCCGCCAUAAACUACCAAAAUCCCAUAACCUUCCGUUGCCUCUACACCAGGCCAUGCUAUCCUCACUGUACUCUGCCGUUGCUCCAUUCGCGAUCGACAACUCACGCCAACAACGAAGCCGUUCCGCUUCGAUUACGACGGUCAGCCAGCAUGCCAGCAGCGGCUUGUCGCCAGGGCAAUCGCGAUUCGUCCGAUUCAACUGACUCCGGCGUCAGCGUAACAGCCGAUUCGCUUACCCACCAGGCAUCUAUGGCUGGAUGUGUCCGCCAUCAUCACCAUCUGCUUAUGUCCCGUCACUGGUCUCUACCGCGACCGCAUGUCACAGCUCAACAAACACUGAACGCUCAGCUGUGGGCCGAUUCGACGUCACGGAAUCCCGCUGCGGUCACUACCCUUUCGGCAGCCCUAGCAACCACUACACCCACACCAAACGGUAUCUUAGCCGACGGCAGCAAUUGCCAAAGUAAUAGCAGUAGUCUGUCUAACAUUUUAGACCGCCUAGAUACGUUGUCGGUGGCUUCUAUAGGUUACGAAACUUGCGUUUGAAAAAAAAAAAAAGAGGAAACGUUUUUUCCCGCACAGCCCAAACCGCCCAUUUUUUAAAAAUGUUAAUCUUGCCAUCGUUCAGCGAGAUGAUUUAUCAACAGACACAAAUCAAUACGUAAAAUAAUAGUACCUGGGUCGAACGAAAGAAGAAAAACACAACGAGAAAGCGAACGCGGCAAAAAAAAAGCGGGAAACGUCGUUCAUGAUAUUGAUUAUUAUUACUAUUGUGUGUAUAUCUAUGUAUCUCUACCCUAUCUUCUGGUCAGCGAGCUCUCUACUAUUGCGAGGAUCGCACUGCAUUAGCCAAAGAAGUCGAAAAUACUGAAUCUCAAAAUUUAUCAUUUCUCCCCUCUUUGAAAAAAAAAAAAUUGCUAAUAAUUAUCGAUUGCGAUCCGUGUAGAAUUGAAGAUAAAAAACAACAAUAGGUGCGCGUUCGUUUGGGGUAUACUAGUCUUCCGUGCGCGCCCGCCCGUUUCUCAGUAUCAUCAUUUCCUACAACUUCGUGUAACACUCUCGUAUUUUUUCGUCGGCAAUUCUAAAAAUCAACUCAGUGAAUCGUUUUUAAAUGGAAAAGAAAAGCUCUACAUAAUUUUUAUGGACAGGAAGUGGAAUUUUAUAUACGAAAAUCACUUGCGGUUAUUAAUGAAAAAGAAUGUCCUUGUAUAACACGCUGUCGCACAUCUCAUCGAUGAUCUGUUUAUCAUGCAAAUGCCUACAGGGUUUGUUUUUUUGUUAAUCGAUUGGGUCAAAAUUUAAGCACAAACAUCAAAGGCAACGUUUCGUUAGCACAGAGCUCGCAAAAGAAACCGAACCCACCAAAACAAUAUCAAUGAAUUUAUCUGUUUUACAUAUUCCCCUUACUUGUAAUCCCAAUGAUAUAUAUUUUUUUUGUCCUCCAUAUCGCGUGCGUCUCUUAAUAAAUUAGGAAUACUAUCCCAAUUAUAUCAAUAGAAA